AUGGCGAAUCCGGGGGGAGGUGCUGAGGCGUUCGCGCGAUUCAAGCAGUAUGAGUACCGCGCCAACUCCUCCCUCGUGCUCAACCUCGAGUCGCGUCCGCGCGACUCGCACGAGUCCACGGGCGAGCCGGAGACUCUCUGGGGCCGCGUCGACAUGAAAAAAUUCGGCGACCGGGCCGGCCACGGCAGGCCCAAGGAGGUGGAGGAAGCUGCGAAGAAGAAGCGCGAGAAGCGCGAGAAGGACCGCCUGAAAUCUCUCGCGGCCGGCGGAACCUCCGCGGCCGGCGCCGGCGGCGACGUCGGCUUGGAUCUGCUCGGGAAGAAAUCUACCAAGCGGCAGAAGCGCGGCACCGGCGCCGGCGGCGGCGGCGGGGGUGGCGGGCAGGGCGGAGCGGGUUUUCAGGAGCACACGGUUCUGUCGCUGGUCGACGACGGGAUGUACCGCCCGCGCACGCGCGAGACGCGCGCCGCGUACGAGCUUCUGCUGAGCCUCAUCCAGCAGCAAUUCGGGGACCAGCCGCAGGACGUGCUGCGCGGCGCGGCGGACGAGGUUCUAACGGUUCUUAAAGACGACAAGCUGACGGAUCCGGAGCGGAAGCGCGAAAUCGAGAAGCUGCUGAACGCGAUGCCGAACGAGCGGUUCGCGGAGUUCGUCGCGCUCGGGAAGCGCAUCACGGACUACGAGCAGGGCGGAGGCGGAGGCGGAGGCGGAGCCGGCGGAGACGGGGAGGGGGGAGCGGGGGAGGCGCUAGACGACGAUAUCGGCGUGGCGGUGGAAUUCGAAGAGGAAGAGGAUGAGGAUGAUGAGGAUUUGGACGAGAUUCAGGAGGAGGACGAGGACGAGGAGGAGGAGGAGGGCGCGGAAGGCGGGGACGGCGGAGAGGGCGCGGCGGACGGCGGAAUGCAGAUGGCGGGCGCGCUGGACGACGACGAGGAGCGCGAGGAGGAGGGGCUGAGCGUUCAGGACAUCGACGCCUAUUGGCUGCAGCGCAAGAUCGCGCAGGCGUACGCCACGUCAGCAGGCGGCGGAAUCGACCCGCAGCAGAGCCAGAAGCUCGCGGCGGAGGCGCUGGGGAUAUUGGAGGCGGCGGGGGGCGGGGAAGGGGACGGGGGAGGGGGAGGCGGAGGCGGAGGCGGAGGGGGGGCGUCGGGGUGGGGCGCGGGCGCGGGCGCGGACGAGCAGCAGCGGGAGGCGGAGAAUAAGCUCGUGAGGCUUCUGGAUUACGAUAAGUUCGAUUUGAUCAAGCUCUUACUGCGUAAUCGGCUCAAGAUUGUAUGGUGUACGCGGCUGGCGCGCGCGGAGGACGACGCGGAGCGGAAGCGCAUCGAGGGGGAGAUGACGGAGAAGGGGGACCGCGCGCUGCGCGCGAUUCUGGAGCAGCUGCACGCGACGCGCGCGUCCGCCAAGGAGAGGCAGCGGAACCUCGAGCGCAGCAUCCGCGAGGAGGCGCGGAAGCUACGCGAGGGGGGCGCGGGAGGCGCGGGGGGCGCGGGGGAGGGGAUGGAGGGCGACGAGAUGGAGAUUGGGCGGAAGGGGGAGAGAGGGGGGAAGGGCGGGGAGGAGGGGGAAGCGGGAGGAGGGGGAGGCGGAAGAGGCGGGGGAGGCGGAGGGGGAGGGUGGUUGAAGGGGCAGCGGCAGAUGCUAGAUCUCGAUUCGCUCGGUUUCUCCCAGGGCAGCUGGUUGAUGGCCAACAAACGUUGCGAGCUGCCCGAGGGCUCGUACCGGGCACCCAAAAAAGGUUACGAGGAGGUCCACGUGCCCGCCCUGAAGCCCAAGCCUCUGGGCAAGGGCGAGGAGCUGGUGAAAAUUUCCGACCUGCCCGAAUGGGCUCAGCCCGCGUUUGGCGAGACGAAAACCCUAAACCGCGUCCAGAGCAAGGUUUAUGAAACGGCGCUAUUCACCCCGGAAAAUAUGCUGCUCUGCGCGCCGACCGGGGCAGGAAAAACAAACGUCGCGAUGCUGACGAUUCUGCAUGAGAUCGGGUUGCACAGGAGGGAGGAGGGGAGUAUUGACUUGUCGGGGUUUAAGAUCGUGUAUGUGGCGCCUAUGAAAGCGCUGGUGGCGGAACUGGUGGGAAAUCUGGGAAACCGGCUGAAGGAUUAUGGCGUGAGCGUGAAGGAGCUGACUGGAGAUGCCUCGCUGACCCGGCAGCAGAUUGAAGAGACCCAGAUCAUAGUCACUACCCCUGAGAAGUGGGACAUCAUAACCCGCAAGGCAGGAGACCGCACGUACACACAGCUGGUCCGCCUCGUGAUCAUCGACGAAAUCCACCUCCUGCACGACCACCGCGGACCCGUGCUCGAAAGCAUCGUCGCCCGAACCGUCCGGCAGGUCGAGAGAACACAGGAAAUGAUCCGAUUGGUCGGGCUUUCCGCCACUCUCCCGAAUUAUGAAGACGUGGCGAUUUUUCUGCGCGUGGAUUUGGACAAGGGGCUGUUUUACUUUGAUAAUUCGUUCCGCCCGUGCCCGCUCGCGCAGCAAUAUAUCGGGAUUACGGUCCGAAAGCCGCUGCAGCGGUUUCAAUUGAUGAACGAGAUUUGUUAUGAGAAGGUGGUGGAGUGUGCCGGGCGGCACCAGGUGCUGGUUUUUGUCCAUUCCCGGAAAGAGACGGGGAAGACCGCCCGCGCGGUGCGGGACGCGGCACUGGCUGCGGAUACGCUGGGGCGGUUUUUGAAGGAGGAUGGGGCGAGCAGGGAGAUUCUGGCGAGUGAGGCGGAGAGUGUGAAGAGUGGGGAGCUGAGGGACCUGCUGCCGUAUGGUUUUGCCAUUCACCAUGCCGGGCUGGCCCGGGCUGACAGGACGCUGGUUGAGGAUUUAUUUGCAGACGGGCAUAUUCAGGUGCUUGUGUCUACUGCUACUCUCGCAUGGGGUGUCAACCUGCCGGCUCACACGGUCAUUAUCAAGGGCACGCAGGUGUACAACCCUGAAAAAGGAGCAUGGACGGAGCUCUCCCCUUUAGACGUGAUGCAGAUGCUGGGGCGAGCGGGGCGGCCACAGUACGACACGUACGGGGAGGGUGUGAUUAUAACGGGGCAUGGCGAGCUGCAGUUCUACCUGUCGCUGCUGAACCAGCAGCUCCCCAUAGAGUCACAGCUGCUCUCCCGCCUGGCGGAUAGCCUGAAUGCAGAGGCAGUGCUGGGGACAGUGCACAACGCGAGGGAGGCGUGCAGGUGGCUGGGCUACACGUAUCUGUACAUCCGCAUGUUGCGCAACCCCCCUCUGUACGGCAUCUCAGCAGAUGAUGCUGAGAGGGACCCAGUGUUGGAGGAGAGGCGGGCGGACCUGAUCCACUCAGCAGCGGUGCAGCUUGAUCGUAACAACCUCAUGAAGUAUGACCGCAAGUCGGGCGUCUUUCAGGUGACCGAUCUGGGGCGGAUCGCCUCGUUCUACUACAUCUCCCACGGCACCAUCGCGACGUACAACGAGCACUUAAAGCCCACGAUGGGCGACAUCGACCUGUGCCGCCUCUUCUCUCUGUCUGAAGAAUUCAAGUACGUGGGCGUGCGCGAGGAGGAGAAGCUGGAGCUGGCGAAGCUGUUGGAGCGAGUGCCCAUCCCCGUGAAGGAGGGCAUUGAGGAGCCCAGUGCCAAGAUCAACGUGCUGCUGCAGGCGUACAUCAGUCAGCUGCAGCUGGAUGGGCUGUCACUCGUCUCUGACAUGGUCUACGUCACUCAGUCCGCCGGUCCGCCACUCACUCAUGGUGACUCGCCGCAUAUGGGCAGCGCCAAGGGAGUGCCUCUUGAAAUCAUCGCCAAGCUGGAGCGAAAGGAUUUGGUGUGGGAGCGUUACUACGACCUCUCGUCCCAGUUCAAGGGAGUGCCGCUUGAAAUCAUCGCCAAGCUCGAGAGGAAGGACCUGGUGUGGGAGCGAUACUACGACCUCUCGUCCCAGGACCUGGUGUGGGAGCCAUACUACGACCUCUCGUCACAGCUGGGAAGUGGUGGGAAGCGGUGGGAUGGGGUGGUGCAGAGGUGUUCGCUGUCUUGCUUUCCUCUUUGUCUUGCUCUCCCUCGCUCUCGCCCCCCCCCUUCCGCUUCUGCAGCUGUUCUUUCUCGUGCUUUCCUCUUCUUUGCUCUCCCUCCCCCCUCCCCUCCUCCGCUUCUGGAGCUAUUCUUUGUCUUGCUUUCCUCUUGUCUUGCUUGCUCUCCCUCCGCCCCCGCCCUCCUCCGCUUCUUCAGCUCUUCUUUCUCGUGCUUUCCUCGAGAUAAUUCUCUCCCUUCUCUCGUGUUCCUUUCUGGAAGCCCAGGCCCUCCCCAUAACCCGCUCGGUGCUCCGCGUCGAUCUCACCAUAACGCCCGACUUCCCCUCUCUGCCCUUCUAUCCCCUCUUCUUUCUGAAUGGCAUCCCCACCUCCCCCCGUUCACUAUCCAGUUCCCUCGUCUCGAGCUGGCAGCCCAGGCCCUCCCCAUAACCCGCUCGGUGCUCCGCGUCGAUCUCACCAUAACGCCCGACUUCCCCUCUCUGCCCUUCUAUCCCCUCUUCUUUCUGAAUGGCAUCCCCACCUCCCCCCGUUCACUAUCCAGUUCCCUCGUCUGGGUCAUCGUGGAGGAUCACGAUGGAGACACCAUUUUACACCACGAGCUUUUCCUCCUCAAGAUGCAGUAUGCUCAAGAGGAUCACUACCUCUCGUUCUCUGUUCCGAUCUUUGAGCCGCUGCCGCCGCAGUACUUCGUGAAGGUCGUUUCGGACCGUUGGAUCGGCGCGCAGACCGUGCUGCCCGUGAGCUUCCGCCACCUUAUUCUGCCCGAGAAAUUUCCGCCGCCCACCGAGCUGCUGGACCUGCAACCGCUGCCGGUUACCGCGUUACGGAACGCGGCGUUCGAGGCGCUGUACGCUGGAGAAGCAGCGGCAGGCCUGGUUUCCACCGACCCUUCCGGCGGGGCUGGUUCGGGGGCGGUUCGGCGGGGCAUUUCGCACUUUAACCCCAUUCAGACGCAGGUGUUUACGGUUCUGUACAACACCGACGACAACGUCCUUCUCGCCGCGCCGACGGGCAGCGGAAAAACAAUCUGUGCAGAGUUCGCAAUCCUCCGCAUGCUGCAGGCGAAGGCCUCCGGCGGGACCUCGGGCAGCCCGGACGAAAUUUCGUACGGCGGGCGGUGUGUGUAUGUGGCUCCAGUGGAAGCGAUUGUGAAGGAGAGGGCGAAGGAGUGGGGAGAGAGGUUCGGGAAGAUGCUGGGCGGAGGGGGGAAGGUGAAGGUGGGGGAGCUUACGGGGGAGAGUGGGACGGAUCUGAAGCUGCUGGAGAGGAGAAAUAUUGUCGUGAGCACGCCGGAGCGGUGGGACCAGCUGAGCCGACGAUGGAAGCAGAGGAGGGCCGUGCAGCAGGUGAGAUUUCACUUCAUGGUAAGCGAUGGGUGUGUGGCAUAUGUGAGGCUGCUGGAGAGGAGCAAUAUUGUUGUGAGCACGCCCGAGCGAUGGGACCAGCUGAGCCGGCGGUGGAAGCAGAGGCGAGCCGUGCAGCAGGUGAGGGGCCAACUGGUGGUAAGCGUGGGGUGUGUGGGUGUGAUCCAGGUGGACCUCUUUAUAGUGGACGAGCUACACUUGAUCGGCGGCCACAACGGCUCUAUCCUCGAAGUCAUAACAUCCCGAAUGCGCUACAUUAGCUCUCAGUCCGCCGCAGCAGCAGCGGCAGGGGGCGGGCUGGGCGCCUCCGGAGGGGCCAACAGCCAGCAGGCGGCAGGGGGGCACAGGAUUCGCAUUGUGGCUCUGGCAGCGUCGCUGGCGAAUGCGAGGGACCUGGGCGAGUGGGUGGGGGCGAGCUCCCACGGGCUCUUCAACUUCUCCCCCGCUGUGCGCCCCGUGCCCCUGGAGAUUCACAUCCAGGGGUUUGACGUCUCCAACUUUGAUGCUCGCAUGCAGGGGUUUGACGUCUCCAACUUCGAUGCGCGCAUGCAGGCCAUGACCAAGCCGGCCUACACGGCCAUAAUGAACCACACCGCUCGCUCCAGCAAGCCCGCGCUCGUCUUCGUCCCCACCCGCAAGCACGCGCGCCUCACCGCUCUCGACCUCUGCGCUUUCGCCGCCGGUGACGCCGGGGCCACUCUCGCCGCGGCCGCCAACGCCGAUGAUUCCUCCGGUGCUGGGAACGCCGAUGGGACGACCUCGUCAGCGGCUUUAGCUGCUGCUUCCCCGUUUCUCCACUGUGGGGAGGGGGACUUGGCGCCGUUUCUGGCGCGGGUGAAGGACGAGGGGCUGCGGCACGGGCUGACAUUUGGAGUGGCGUAUCUGCACGAGGGGUUGAGUGCGGUGGAGCAGGAGGUGGUGCGGCAGCUGUUCACAGCCGGGGCCAUCCAGGUCUGCGUGGCUGUGAGCUCCCUGUGCUGGUCCAUCUUCCCAGCCAACCUGGUUGUCAUCAUGGGCACGCAAUACUACGACGCCAGGGGAGGGGGAGGCGGGUCUGGGGGAGGCGCAUCUGCUGUCGCGGGCGGCAGCGGGGGCGGCAGGGUGGACUACCCGGUGACUGACCUCCUGCAGAUGAUGGGGCGAGCCUCCAGGCCUGGUCUGGACGAUGCGGGGCGGUGUGUGAUCUUCUGCCACUCGGCGCGCAAGGAGUAUUACAAGAAAUUCCUGCUUGAGCCGCUCCCAGUCGAAUCCCAUCUUGAUCAGCACCUCCACGACCCACUCAACGCUGAAGUAGUCGUUCGAACGGUGGAGAACAAGCAGGACGCAGUUGAUUACCUCACCUGGUCCUUCCUCUAUCGCCGCCUCACCCAGAACCCCAACUACUACAACCUCACGGGCACCUCCCACCGCCACCUCAGCGACCACCUCUCCGAGCUCGUCGAAACGACACUCUCCGAUCUCGAAGCAUCCAAGUGCGUGGCGAUAGAGGACGAUAUGGACCUCUCUCCUCUCAAUCUUGGCAUGAUUGCUGCGUAUUACUAUAUUUCCUACACCACGAUCGAGGCGUUUUCGGGGUCGCUGGCGCCCAAGACAAGGCUGAAGGGGCUGAUAGAGGUGGUGGCGAGCGCGAGCGAGUAUGGCGAGCUGCCCAUGCGGCUGGGGGAGGAGGAGCAGGUGCGCAAGAUGCUGCAUCACCAGCGCUUCGGGGUGGAGAAGCCCAACUUGUCGGACCCACAUCUCAAGGCCAACGUGCUGCUGCAGGCGCACUUUGCCCGCCACGUUGUGACGGGCCCUCUGGCGCAGGACCAGCGCGCGGUGCUCAUGGAAGCUUCCAGGUUGCUGCAGGCCAUGGUGGACGUGCUGUCCAGCUCCGGCUGGCUCUCCCCCGCCCUCGCUGCCAUGGAGCUCUCCCAGAUGGUCACGCAGGGACUAUGGGAGAAGGAUUCGCCGCUGCUGCAGCUGCCGCACUUCACCAAGGAGCUAGCUGCCAAGUUCACAGCCAAGGGGAUCGAAUCUGUAUCAGAUCUCGUGGAUAUGGACGACGACGAGCGGGCGGCGGCGCUCGGCAUGACUGAGGAGCAGCUGUCUGACGUGGCGCGCGUGUGCAACCAAUUCCCCUCCAUUGAUCUCAACUACGAGCUGAUCAACGGCCAGGAUGUCACGGCUGGAGAGAACCUGGUGAUGCAGGUUACUCUCGAGAGGGACAUCGAGCCUGGGCAGGAGCUAGGCCCGGUGGAUGCGCCGCGCUUCCCCAAGCCUAAGGACGAGGGUUGGUGGCUCGUGGUUGGGGACCCGAAGACCAAUCAGCUGUUGGCAAUCAAGCGAACGGCGCUGCAGCGAAAGGCAAAAGUCAAGCUUGAGUUUGCGGCUCCGGGAGGAGAAGGGGAGAAGGCCGGUAGUGGAGAGGGAAAGAAGGAUCUGAUGCUCUAUUUCAUGUGCGAUUCGUACUUAGGGUGUGAUCAGGAGUAUGAGUUCAGCCUGAAUGUGGAAGGGGGGGUGAUGGAUGAGGAGGAUUAG